AUGCAUCCCACUUACUUUCGGAUUGAAUUGGAUAAUGUGUGUGAUAUUAAAACAAACUUUAAUUAUGCUAGUGCCCAGGCGUUGGCCUAUAAUGAUAUAAUUGACGUUAAAUUUGUAAGUAAUAAAUAUGAUAAAAAUGUUAAAGUCGAUGGAAUAAAAAAGGCGGCUAAUCGGAGUAACAGCGAUAAGGAAUUUGUUAACGCAGGCACGAGUAAUCGAGAGAAUACUUUUCUGCUCCGUUUAAGUAACGUUGAAUUAAGUAAGUUGCAGUCACAAGUGAAAGAUUUCGUGUAUAUUAUACAAACGGAUAAAAAAUACCACAACGCUUUGGCUGACAUUACAAAUCAAUCGAUGAUAGCGUUGAUAAUUGAACCCGUAGAAUCCUGCAGAAAUAAUAAAACGUCAGUCAUAGCAAUUGCGACUGCAACAAAUGUUUACAUUUUUGAUAUUCUUUAUCUGGGUAAGGUCUUCCCCGACUUCGGUCGCAUUUUAGAAACAAAAUAUCCUCGCAAAAUUGUACAUAAUAGUCAUUGCAUCGUCGAUCAUUUACAACAUCGUCAAAACGUUAAGUUGUCCGGAAUAUUUGAUACUUUUGUGGCUUACUGUCUAGUAAGUGAUGACAAGACACACAGAAGUCUUGAAGAAACAAUCCAAGACACAUUGAAUAUGCCGUUUACAUAUUUCGUGACUGAGGAAACUGAAACAAAUCCGUUUAAACCCUAUAAGCGGCCUUUAACGAACGCGUGGCUUUCGUCAAUUGCCAAGAAAGCUUUACUGCAACUAAAACUUGCCGAAUAUCUAUUACAUAAGCAGAUGCUGAAAAAUUUUUAUCUUCAUUGUGAACAAAUUUCUAAUACAUAUGUGGCUAAAUAA